CGUUUGCAGCCACUUGACCUGGACAUGGCCUCCGUCGAGCAGCCAGAGAAACAGCCUCUUUUAGAAGAGCAAACAGAGGUGGAGGUGAAGGAGGAGUUGGACGAGGCGCCUAAAUCAACCUGGUGGCAAAGGGUGGGCUCGGCGUUGUUCUACUGCGUCGGCUCGUUCGUCAUCACCCUGAGCAACAAGGCCGUGCUGACGAGCUUCGGCUUUCCGUCGGCCGACGUGCUCGGCCUGUGCCAACUGGUGGCCACGGUGGUCGUGCUGGCCGUCGGCCGCUUGUUCGGCGUCGUCCGCAUCCCCGAGAUGACCCUGGAGAUUUUUCUGCAGGUGUGGCCGUUGCCUGGCCUCUUCCUUGGCAACCUGCUUUUUGGCCUCGUAGGCAUGCAGUACCUCAGCCUGCCGAUUUUCAUCGCCCUCCGCAGGUUCACCAUUGUGAUGACCCUCCUUGCCGAGGUCCUCAUCCUCCGAUCGGUGCCCCGAGCGAGCGUGCUGCUGGCGGUGGGCGUGAUGACCCUGGGGGCGGUGGUGGCGGCGAUGAACGACCUGAGCGUGACGCUGCUGGGGGUGGUGUACGUUUUGCUGAACAACGCGUGCUCGGCGACGCAGGGCGUGUUCGUCAAGCGGUGCGUCGCGCAGCUCGGGCCCCUCGGCGUUCUCCACUACAACGCGCUGCUGGCGCUGCCGCUGACGGCGCUGUUGGUGGCGUCGAGCGGCGGCGUCGUCGCCGCCUGGAACUUCGACGCGUGGAACGACUGGCAGUUCGUGCUGCUGUUCGCCGUGUCGUGCGUCAUGGGCGUCGUCCUGCAGUACAGUGUCGUGCUGUGCGUUCACCACAACUCGCCGCUCACCGCCGCCACCAUGGGCAGCGUCAAGAACGUCAGCGUCACCUACAUCGGCAUGUUCGUCGGUGGCGACUACGUCUUCACGAUGCUCAACUUCAUUGGCCUCAACGUCAGCGUCGCCGGCACCAUCCUCUACAUGUGGGUCACCUUCAAGAAGUAGCCAAAAGA